AUGUUGGACACCUUCGAAAUUCUCACCACCUCCGGUGUGGUGCUGUGGUCGCGCACCUAUGCGCCAGUCAAUCCAUCCAUCAUCAAUAAUUUCAUAGCGGAUGUGUUCAUCGAGGAGAAGAGCUCUACGGGAGGGAUUAAGGAGACCAACUCAGCAGCGACCAACCCACCCUAUAAGACCGAGCAGCAUACUCUCAGUACGAUGGAGAUGCUAACUCGGACCUACAAGGCUGUCUACCGAUCACUGCUUCACCUAUCCUGGAUCGAUAAGCUGGUAGAUAACAUCAAGACGAUCUAUGUCAAUCUGUACGGCGACCAGCUCACGAAGCCGAAUACCACAAUCGUCGAGUGCAAUGGCUUCGACGAGUACUUCGACCAGCAGCUACAAGAGCUAGAGAAAUCCAGUAGCAAGGGGGAUGCCAAAGCUGGCGGUGCCCCAUUCACCGUGCAGGAUGAGAAAGCCUCCGGCAACUUCGGCGAUGAACCGCCCUCCGGUCUACAAUACAGAGGUCAUAAGGAGGACAAGUCGGCCGACUCCACACCCAUCGUAUCUCCGACGACAUCCCGGCCGUCCACCCCGGGAGGUGGCCACCUCGUCACAGCCAAGGGCGGACCGAUCGCAAAGAUUUCGCGAAGAGCGAGGAAGGCGCAGCACAAUAAUUCGGCACCGGCAUCAUCGGGCGACGAGUCAAUAGGCAGGCGGGCGAAGAGCUCCAAGGCUGCGAAGAAGGGUCGCAAGUGGGAUGCGGAUGGUUUCGCUGACGAGGAGGAUGACGUCCAGCUUGAUUACUCGGCCGCGAAUGCUAUUACCAGCGAUAGUGAAGCUGAGGCACUUGGUCGAUCGACAGCCCUUGAGGAAGUUGACGCAUCAACAUGGGGUUCAAAGACCAAGGGCAAAUUCGUCCUGAAGGACUUGGGCGAUGAGGUGCACUCGAUUUUGGCGGAAGCAGAGGCUAAGAACGCUUCCUCGAAGCCAGACUCCGCAGGCGGAUUACUUGGCUCGUCGCUUAGCACGAUUGGCGGACUGUUCCGGAAUGUUGUCGGUGGAAAGACGUUGACGAAGGAAGAGCUCGAUAAAGCCAUGAAGGGCAUGGAGGACCAUCUUCUACGGAAGAAUGUUGCGAGAGAAGCCGCUGUGCGGCUGUGUGAAGGUGUUGAGAAGGAGCUUAUUGGCGUGAAGACUGGUAACUUUGAGAGCAUCAACACCAGGAUACAGAGCGCCAUGGAGGCGUCGCUCACAAAGAUGCUCACCCCAACCUCCUCCCUCGAUCUUCUUCGUGAGAUCGACUCAAUUACCGCACCAUCUGCGACUUCACUGCGCAAGGCACGUCCGUACGUCAUCUCUAUCGUCGGUGUCAACGGCGUCGGCAAGUCGACAAAUCUGUCCAAGAUCUGCUUCUUCUUGCUGCAGAACAAGUACAAAGUGCUCAUUGCCGCCGGAGAUACUUUCAGGUCGGGAGCUGUUGAGCAGCUUGCUGUGCACGUCCGCAACCUGAAAGAAUUGACGGUGCGAGAGGGUGGCAAGGUCGAGCUAUACCAGAAGGGCUACGGCAAGGACGCCGCCACCGUUGCCAAAGACGCCGUGACCUUCGCGGCUCAGGAGGGAUACGAUGUCGUGCUCAUCGACACGGCUGGGAGACGACACAAUGACCAGCGUCUCAUGUCGUCUCUGGAGAAGUUCGCCAAGUUCGCAAACCCCGACAAGAUCCUCAUGGUUGGCGAGGCUCUGGUGGGCACAGACUCCGUCGCUCAAGCUCGGAACUUCAACGAAGCGUUUGGGGCAACGCGCUCCCUGGACGGGUUUAUCAUCUCCAAGUGCGAUACCGUCGGCGACAUGGUCGGCACGCUGGUCAGUCUGGUCCACGCGACGAACGUGCCCGUUCUGUUUGUGGGAGUUGGACAGCACUAUUCGGAUCUCCGCAACUUCUCGGUGAAGUGGGCGGUCGAGAAGCUCCUCAGUAAUAAUUAA